AUGGCCUCUGCUUCAGCAGAUCAAAAGGCAUCACGUCUUUACGAUGGUAAACCUGCCUUCAUCUACGGUACUGCUUGGAAGAAAGAUCAAACGAAGAGGCUAGUCAAGGAAGCUCUCGCUCAAGGCUUCCGUCGCGUCGACACAGCUGCGCAACCACGACAUUACCAGGAACCUUUGGUUGGUGAAGCGCUUCGUGAGGCGUUCGCUGAGGGCACACUUGAACGCAAACAGCUAUACUUACAAACAAAGUAUACCACGCCUGCCGGCCAAGAUCUGACCAACAUGCCCUACGACCCUGAAGCGCCGCUAUACACCCAAAUGCACACAUCCGUCGCAUCAUCAUUGAGAAACCUACGAUACAACGAGUCUGAUGACGAGUCAUACGUUGACUGUUUGCUUCUGCACUCUCCACUACCUACCAUUGACCAGACACUGCAAGCCUGGAAACUAUUAGAGUCUUAUGUGCCCGACAAGAUCCGCUCCCUCGGCAUCUCAAACGUCAGCCUCCCCAUUCUCCAAGCCAUCCACGAGAACGCCACAAUAAAGCCGUCGGUCGUUCAGAAUCGAUUCUACCCUCAGACGCGCUACGAUGUACCGUUACGCGCCUUCUGCCGAGAACACGACAUCAUGUACCAGUCCUUCUGGACUUUGACCGGCAAUCCUUCUCUAAUCAGAUCCGAGCCGGUUACUGCGUUGGGUUAA